AUGUCCAGUCAUUACCAUCACACAACUAAUGCCUCUUCGUGGAAAAGAGACGCUGUACUAGACAAAUCUCGCACAUCAUUUACGUUUCUUCAGAGAAACGCUGAGUGCACAGGAUCCGACUGCAAGGUGUCUAAAAACUCUUCUUCGAACGUCACUGUUGCUGUGGCAGUAGCAGUUCCCGUCGGUGCUAUUAUUAUACUACUGUCCGUCGUUUUAGUGCUUGUGUAUAGGAGAAGCAAGAAAGAAACAUUGAUGCAGGAUUUGGACCCAAAUUUUGAAGGUGAUCUAUACUACUUGCCAAAAAUGGAUUCGUCCAUCAAUUCUGCAAACUCAGAGGGAAAUUCCACCGAAAGAAGGUAUAUUUACGGCUCUUACGAUGACUACUUGCAACCGUCAACAGACAAAGCGCUAUCUUUCAAAGAUUAUGUGAAGAGAAUUCACGACCGAGCCCCCUCCGCUUAUAACAUUGCCUCACUCGCUUCACGAAAUAUCAGUAAGGCAUCCGUUGUCUCCAAGCAAACCGGACUUCCUGGCAGAGUCUCCCUGCGAUCGAUAAAGAACCUCGAGGCAACAGCGAAUGUGCCAUCUCUAGGCCCAAAUGACGAGAAAAAAAAUAGUGGUCAAAAAUGUGACAAUACUUCAAGUUCUAGUUUUGAGAAAAAUUUAAAGACCAGUAACGAUAGCCGGCUUGAGUUGGGCCAGGCAAGCGGUGGUGAUCCCGAGCCACAACUGUUGAAGGAUGACGGAGAAAGUAUAGACAGAAUAAGAAGCAUCUAUAACAUUUAUUUCGAAAGAAGUAGCAGCUCAAUACGUACUUCUGUGGCUUCUUCACUACGACGUGGUUCCAUAGUAAUUACUACAACAGAACAAAACCCAGAUAAGAACUUCCAAAACGACACUACACUUGCUGAUCAAGGCCCGUUAGAAGCCACAGAUGCCAAAGAGACCGACUCCGGUUCAACGUGUAAUGACGACUAUGAAGAUGUGACUGACUAUCUGCAAGCUCCCGCUUCACAGAAGAUUACACACAUCCCAUCCUCAGUAUAUUCAGAAAUGCCUUUUAAAGACAAAAAUAUCGCCGAGCCAUUCUUAUCAACAAAGUUUUCUCCGCCCAAUGCCACCUCAACGAGAAUUGCCUCAUCUAUAUACUCUGAACUGCCCGCAAAAGGACAACUUUACUCUGCAAAAUUGCCUGUACGGGUUCCUCCACUGGAGGUUUUGGCUCAUCCUCCUCCAAACUAUUCACAACAAUACCGCCAGUAUCGACCAAAAGGUCACGACCAAGAGAAAAAUAAUUAUUAUUAUAGUCAUAGCCCGUCAUCAUUAGAACAUCCUCAAAAUUUUGAGAAUAUCGGGGAGCUGCCAACGCCAACUCGAUUAGCAUAUUCGACUUCCUCACAUUCGCUUACUUCAUUUAAAGGAAGCCUUACACCUUCACACGCACUGAAGCAUGUGACCACUGCUAGACUCAACGGGACGGCUUUGAACCCGAUGGACCAUCCAGAAAUGUUUUACAAUACUCCUACGGAAGCAUCUUCAGCAGCAUCCUUAUCAAAGCAAUCGUGCAUUCCUUUGCCAUACCAACUAAGACAAAGUGUCGUUAUGACAAACCCAUCCGAUCUUUCUAUCAAAACACGUUAUAAACCUGCGGGCUCUUUGGGCCAUUUGAUAAGGGCCCAACAGCUCCCCAGUAGCCCGUCCACUAUCACUACUCCAAUGUCUCUUUCACAGCAGCGGUCAACGGUGCCAACACUAAUUAACGUUCGUGUGAGUGGGCUAUUGGACGACUCUGAUGUUUUACAACCUCCGAAUGGGGAUGGCAUCCUACCUUUUACUGCCUCUGUAGAAGACCUAAGAAAGCAACUGGGCACACCGCAUAAAUACGAAAUGACAUCCUAA